AUGCUCGGCACGAGCAUAUCAUUAGCUUCUUCUGAGGGGACCUCGGACCUUCAUGCUCACAAACACAAUUUGAAGCCUGAAGAAAAGUUUAUUUUACAUAUUACGCGUUUUAGGCUUGUUGAAACAGCUGAGGAGACGUCGCAGUGGUCCUCACGUAGCAAGCAUCAGUGGGACGCGACGAGUCCUAUUAUAAUACAUGUCAAAUCCAAGUUGGUUCGCAUCGGAACCACACCUCCAAAGAUGAUAAAGUACGAUCGGCAGGGUUGGACCGGCGCCGUAUGGGGACUUGAUGCGGGUAUUGAAAUUCCACUCCACGAGGAACCUAUGCUACUACUCGAAGUAGCCAGUGCGAAUCAUCCAAACAAGAUAAUUGGGUUGGCCGCCUUCAAUGCGCAGUCUAUAGCAACUGAGGGUAACCAAUAUUCGAAAUAUUGCUUGCACAUCACGCCAACACAAACCGCAAUAGACUCUGAAGCAGUCCACGCGGUAUUGGAUGUGGAAAUACACAGCAGUUUGCUGGACGAGCCCCCAGAAGGCAACUACAUGCCACUCGAAUAUAACUACGGUGCGGUACGGGUCUCAACGGUAGACUUCUACUACCCACCUUUUUUGCUCUCGACUACUGGCCAGUACAUCAUCUCCAAUGUGAUUUGCGUCAUGAACAUGACUGAGUCCAGUUCUCUGGCCAUGCAACUAAUACCUUUGAAGGAGGCUUCUAUGUACAUUAGUGUUGAACCUCCAAAUGUUAUUACGGUGAGACCACAGCAACGGAUGUAUUUCAGUGCGACGUGGGUUCACUCUCAAAAGGCCUGCAUGCGUGCUCUCGAAAUUAGGUUGGUGGUGAAUGGCUUGCAGCGACCGUCCGCUCCGAUUGUUGUCAAAGUACACAUCACGGUUCCUCAGCCCACGACAACAAAUAUUCCAUAUCAUUACUGGGUAAACACUACCUGUAUUACGAACCGACAUAUGCUAGCUUCGCAAGAGCUCCCUAUUCUUCGUGCUAUCCUUCCCGUGUAUCGUGUUUUGAGCAGUGGCGGGUUUGUUGACCCAACCGAAGGCAUGAUCGUUGCGUUUGACAAAGACAAGGGAGAGCAGGUCUUGCUGAGGACCGACGGGAUGCCGCUGGCGAUGAGCCGACCCAGUAACCAUUGGAACAAGUUAGCAAUGGAUUCAGCCUUUCGAAGGGAUGGGACCAUGCAGGGAAUUGAUCUCACUGAGGCUGCUAUCACAGACCUUUUUUCUGAGUCAGUGCUCAAUGCGAAUGGCUCCUUUGUUGUGCGAGACGCUGACCAAAUUGAUACAUUCCCGGUACGAGGGCCUCUUCUGAAUCUUUACCAGAAAACAUGCAUGUGUACGAUUGUUCUGGGAACUAUCUACGGAUUCCCCAUGGUAUCUGGUUUGUUAACAGGCAUUUCGCCAUCUUUUCAGGUUAGCAUCACAUUGCUUGACCAAAAAGGCUGGCAAGUUGUCAUUGGUGAGACGCUACCAAGUUACCAAAGUGCCAGUGGAAGCCUGCGGUGGAUAGAGCACCUGGUGUUGCUCAAGUGGCCUGGCGCCGACUCAACCCAGUUUAUUCGUCUAAACCUAACAGAAGUACGGCCGCAGGACGGGGAUGAAACUCCAAUUGGAGCUGGGCUCAUAUCACUAAAUAAAAUGGAUCGGAUCCAUGCUGUGAACUCACUUAGUGUUGCUUUUUAUGUGUAUGAGACGUAUUCCUUGUACGACCAGCUAAACUCAUCCAGUCUGAUUAUGAAGGAUGUCAAGGUGAUUUUCUCAGAGAUGCGUUAG